AUGAAGGGCCUCUUCAAGUCCAAGCCGCGGACGCCCGUCGACAUCGUGCGGCAGACGCGCGAGGGCCUCGUCCAGCUCGACCUCCACUCUGGCUCCCGGAGCGGCGACGCCAAGCGCGAGGAGAAGAUGGCAGAGCUAAGCAAAAAUAUCAGGGACAUGAAGUCUAUCCUUUACGGCAAUGGUGAAUCAGAGCCUGUAACUGAAGCAUGUGUUCAACUGACCCAAGAAUUCUUCAGGGAGAACACUUUACGGCUAUUAAUCAUACAUCUUCCAAAACUAAAUUUGGAGACUAGGAAAGAUGCUACUCAAGUCGUUGCAAACUUGCAAAGACAGCAAGUAUCCUCAAAGAUAGUUGCGUCUGAGUACCUAGAGUCAAAUAAAGAUCUCUUGGACAUUUUAAUUUUAGGGUAUGAGAAUAUGGACAUUGCUUUACAUUAUGGUGCUAUGUUGAGGGAAUGUAUUCGCCACCAAAGCAUUGCAAGGUAUGUUUUAGAGUCUGAACACAUGAAAAAGUUAUUCGACUAUAUACAGCUUCCAAAUUUUGACAUAGCUUCUGAUGCUUCUGCUACCUUUAAGGAACUAUUGACAAGGCAUAAAGCAACCGUGGCUGAAUUUCUCUCCAACAAUUAUGAUUGGUUCUUUGAAGAAUUCAACUCUAGGUUGCUGUCAUCAACCAACUACAUAACAAAAAGGCAAGCUAUCAAGUUGUUGGGAGAUAUGCUGCUGGAUAGAUCAAAUGCUGCAGUCAUGAUGCGCUAUGUUAGUUCCAAAGACAAUCUCAUGAUUCUUAUGAAUCUCUUAAGGGAUUCGAGUAAAAAUAUUCAAAUUGAGGCAUUUCACGUGUUCAAGCUGUUUGCUGCGAAUAAAAACAAACCGCCUGAGGUCGUGAACAUACUGGUCACCAAUAGAAGCAAGCUACUUCGGUUUUUUGCUGGAUUCAAGAUUGACAAAGAGGAUGAACAGUUCGAAGCAGACAAGGAGCAGGUCAUAAAAGAAAUAUCGGCACUUUGA